AUAUUUUUAGUUUCUUUGAUUUUCUUGACAGACUUCUUCGUCCUCUUGAAUCCGCCAUCUUGCCUCACAUUUCCCGCCGGAAAAUACUCCGCUGACUGCGUGAUAACUCCGGCUCACAUUCAACGCAAUUUAUUCUUGCGCCAUUCCGCGCAAACAAUCAUAAACGCGUUUUUCAACCAAUCCAUUCUCGUCUUUUCAAAUUAAAAAACAGUCGCGUUCACGUCAGAGAAUUCUCAACGGCAUUAUGAUAAGAAAGCUGAGGAGGUAUGAGCUAUUUUUUUGACUUUUUUUAUACGAACGAUGAAAAACAAGCAUUCCCAGUAGAGUCCAGAGUUGAGGAGAAAAUCGCCGAACCAAAAGGGGAAACGGAAAGAGAAUCCAGCGGUAAGAUGGGAAGUGCUCAGCGGAAGGGUGGAUGGUUGGAGUCAUGGCAGUUCUGGAAAAGAAGCGACAAUUCUGGCGGACCUUUUGGCAUGUUUCGUAGAGGGAAUAGACCAACGGGAACAAACACUUGUCGCAAAGAAGUGAACGAAGCCUACAAACCCGCGAAGGAAUGUGAUCGAGGCGGAGGGUCAAAAGACGCUAAUCCUGAUCGAGGAUUUGCAGAGACCAGUAAAGAAGACGGACAAUCAAAGGCAGCGAAGAAUACAACUAAGACUGCCGUAGAAAAGGACACUGGCAGCAGCUCUGCAUGCGGCAGUGAUCAUGGCGGAGACAGUCCUCUUGUGGUUUACAAUGAAAGGCCAAAUGGAGGAAAGGACGUUGUAUUGAACAUGAAGAAAGUUGAGGCAUUGAAAAAGAGAGUACCGAAAGAUUUCCGAAAACAGCGAGGAGACGCUUUGAAAGCUGGUGUUUGGGAGGAGAAACACUCUCGAAUUUUUGGCCAAGUUGAAUCAACAACGCAAGUCCAAGCAGUGAAAAUGGACGGUAAAGAUAAAACAGGUCCAGCACCACCUGACAGAACUGCGGCUUGUUACGUGAGCAAGCCGAAAGACCCUAAUGCUAGAACCAAGUUAAAGGCGAUCCGACAACUACCGGCAGUCACGUCAAACCAUGUUCAGAAACGUGGUGGUAAUGCGCAAGCCGUCCCGGCGGGCACAGCGGCGACAUCACGUCAGGAAAACGUCCCAAAGUUUAGCGGCAAUUCCGCUGAUCGGAAGAACGUCGAAAGAAAUCUCGUCGAGGACAAGAAUGCGCACAAACAGAUGGCAAAAGUUUGUGAGACGAAAACAGCGGUUGUGGCUAAAAGGAACGUCGCGUCAAAUCCAGCGAUGGCCCCGCGUGGAAAUCGGGAGAAAAUUGACGAGAAACCGUCCAUAGCGUCCGGUCCAAGUAAAAAUCUUGGUGGUAAUGAAGUGAUUGUUAAACGCAAAAAUAUCGAUCCCAGCACCUCGGUCGCUCAAGAACCCGAAUAUUUAAGAAAUGUUUUAACCGCCGGAUGCUUUGGAUUGAACAACCCCACACCUAGCAACGCCUCCUGUGCAAACAAUCCAGCCCUUGCACACAGUUCAGCGCUCGUCAAUCCAGCACCAGUCUCCCCAGAUAAUCAAAGAGCGACGCAGCAGCGAAACCCCGCAGCACAAGUCGGCCAAAAGGGGCAAAGAAACGGUGCAAAACCUCCCGUGGCUAAGUUCCAAAUCUCAUGA